UUCAGAUCCCGGAGCGGGCUUCCCGGGGCCGGCGAAGUGGCCCGCGGCCGCGCCGCCCUCCCGCCACGAGGCGACUGCCACGUCAGGACAACUUCACAAAACCGGGGAGAGGGCGGGUGACGCAGACCGGGCGGCCGCGGCAGCGUUGGGCCCGCGGCCAGACGAGGACGCUGACCUCCAGCCCGGGCCCCCGCUUCAGCAACACUCGGGCCGGCGCCGGCGCCUGCCCAGCCCUCAGGGAGGCGGAGGAGCAGCGGAGGAGGCGGCGCUACCGCGGAGCCCGCGCCACUGCGGAGCCCGCGCCUCGUCCGCGCCCUCCCGCCCCGCCGGCAGUCCUGGCCAGGGCUGGGCGUCCCCGGAGGUUCCUGGGCUAGGUCUGGUCGGUCCAAGCCGCGCAGAGACCCGGGCGGCAGCGGCGGCGGCGAGCCGGGAGGCCGGAGCCGGGACAGCGACCCGCCAUGGAGACCCGCUACAACCUGAAGAGUCCGGCCGUUAAACGUUUAAUGAAAGAAGCAGCAGAAUUGAAAGAUCCAACAGAUCAUUAUCAUGCACAGCCUUUAGAGGAUAACCUUUUUGAAUGGCACUUCACAGUUAGAGGGCCCCCAGAUUCAGAUUUUGAUGGAGGAGUUUAUCAUGGACGAAUAGUACUGCCACCAGAGUAUCCCAUGAAACCACCAAGCAUUAUUCUCCUAACGGCUAAUGGACGAUUUGAAGUAGGCAAGAAAAUCUGUUUGAGCAUCUCGGGACAUCAUCCUGAAACUUGGCAGCCUUCAUGGAGUAUAAGAACAGCAUUAUUAGCCAUCAUUGGGUUUAUGCCAACAAAAGGAGAGGGAGCCAUAGGUUCUCUAGAUUACACACCCGAGGAAAGAAGAGCCCUUGCAAAAAAAUCACAAGAUUUCUGUUGUGAGGGAUGUGGCUUUGCCAUGAAGGAUGUCCUGUUGCCUUUAAAAUCUGGAAGCGAUUCAAGUCAGGCUGACCAAGAAGCCAAGGAACUGGCUAGACAAAUCAGUUUUAAGGCAGAAGUCAAUUCAUCUGGAAAGACUAUCACUGAGUCGGACUUAAACCACUCUUUUUCACUAAACGAUUUACAGGAUGAUAUACCUACAACAUUCCAGGGUGCUACAGCAAGUACAUCGUGUGGAGUCCAGAACACCUUAGCAGCGUCCCUUCAACAACCUGCCCAACCUGUAGCUGAGGAUACCUCCAUGAGCCCUCGACAGCGCCGGGCCCAGCAGCAGGGUCAGAGAAGGUCGUCUCCUUCACCAGCUGUGACCCAGGGCCGGCCGCCAAGAAACCACCACACUGAUCACGGCGGAUCCGCUGUACUGAUUGUCAUCUUGACUCUGGCAUUGGCAGCUCUUAUAUUCCGACGCAUAUAUCUGGCCAAUGAGUACAUAUUUGACUUUGAGUUAUAGUAUUGUUUUGUGUCUUAAGAGCUGCGACUCACCUACUUCAUUAAACAUUCUGCAUUGGGUAUCAUCUAA